AUGUCAAGCAUUCUUGGCGACUACGAUCCUCCAAUUCAAAAAAAGCCUAAGAAUGAUGAACGAAAUCCAUCGACUUCUCCCCAAUCACUUCUUUGCAACCAGAUAUUACCUCCAAAUAUCUUUAAGAGUUUCAUGCUCACUAAUUCCAAUCAUUUGAAAGCUCGGGUUGAGCGUGUUAUUAUGAGUAUGAAGCAACUCGCGAGAAAGCAUAAGCACGGACAACAGCUUCUUGAAGAUGCCAAUGAUGUAGUACAGGCUUAUAUUGAUAACGUGAAACAGCGAAGAAAAGGACUCGAUGAAACAAAUAGCUAA